GUGUGUUGCGUUCACUGACGUCACGGACGCAGCGUCAUCGGUGUUCUUUCAACCCGCUUGGCCAAAAGUCAUGGACGCGCAAACAUGCUGCGGUGUUUGCUCUCUCACUUGGUCCAGUGUGAGUUAAAAAGCCGGGACUAUCGGUAGGGUUAAGAUCCUGCACCUAAAUUUGGACCUUCACGCUGUCUCGUACCUGAGCGUCCAGUCCUGACCUUUGGGAGAAUGGCCUCAAGACAAGGAGACUUGCCAGCGCUGGAGUCUGGAUCGUCGUCCGGAUUCUUCGGCGCGCCGCCGUCUCCCAUUGGAAGGAGCCGACACAACAUGAGCUACGACGUGCACAUGGAUAGUCCCAUGCAUUCCCCUCCUCCUGACCUGACCGGUAACAUCUUCUGGAAAGAUCCUGUCAUCCCACAGCACAGAUUUAGGACGACCACAGAGGAAGGGGAGACCGAUGGGAAGAUGAUGGCUUUGAGGAUAUUGGAGCCGGCUAAGUCCCCAGUCCCAGUCGUGAAAGCCAAGGCAAGCUCUAUUAUGAGCUCCCUCACCAAGAAGCGGACCCAAGAGAGCCUCCAGAGGUUCGAGCACCAGGCAGGCUUGACUGACGCUGGCUAUACGCCGCACAAGGGCCUCUCUGCUGAGGAGACACACUUUCACCGUCUGGCUGCUGAUAACACACAACCUAAGUUGAGAAUGUCAAUCGGGGACUUCAAGGACGACAGGCUUACAACAUCGGCACAAUCCACCCCAAGUGGCACCCCCUGCGUCACUCCCUCUGUCACCCCUUCUGUCACGCCAUCUGUCACCCCCUGCGUCAGUCCCCUUGCAUCACCUGCUGUGAGUCGCAGGAGCUGGUUCCAGCGGAGUCCUGCACCUUUCCUCGCCCCGCUCGAGAGUAACUGUCCCAACUACACAUCAGACAUGGGAGGAAACCAGGGAGGAGAGGACAGGUGGAGCUUUUUUGGAACUCGCUCUGUGGUACAGAAGUCCCCCACUCACCCAGGGUCUGACACUGGCACAGGCUUUUCACUACAGUCCUACUUUGGCUUGCACAAGUCCUCCACCAUUGCAGGCACCGGCCCCCAUGACACCCUGAAAGUGGGGGACACGACAAGCUUCAUGCCCCCCAAGAUUGAAAUUUCCGACUUGGACGCCAGUCAGGCGGCCCAGCGGCCACACAAACUCAAACCCCGGGACAUGAACGUCUUAACACCUUCAAGUUUCUGAGCACACGCAAUCUCGCGGCCGGUCUGCUCUGUCCCCUCUGUAGACCACCCACCUUUUAGUCUUGGCUUACCUAUCCAGAAGUGCUGAAUAUGCACUCUUACUUCUUCCAGUUGACUGCAAUCUUGUUUCAAACCUCUUCCAUCUCAUAGGUCCAAAUAUGUGGAAAAUGUUUUGUUAAUUGCAAAAAGUGUAUGAUGCAUAUUAUUACUUUUAGUAACUGCUGCACCAAUGUUCAGAUAUUACUAUUACUCUUGGAAUUAGACGAAAGUUGUCUUGGUCCGCUCACAGCUCUUCUUGUUAUAGCACAUCCUCUCAAAUUAUUUUUUUGUAUUUUGGUAAGACGCCACAGACCUGUAGUUAUGUUAGCAUGAAGACUCGUACAGUGUAGUGUUAUGUUGUUUCCUUUGCAGAAUACCCCCCCCGAACAUACUGCUUUUUUUUCUGUUGCCAGCCUGUUUACCCCCAAAAAUAUUUGUAUUAACAUUUCAACUUUUCAUGCCGAUUGUAGUCUUGACAUUACUCAUUUAUAUUUAAAAUGUUACGUUGUUUUUUUUGUAUAGGCUCACAAUACACUUCAAUAUGACAGUCAAAGUAUCGCAGUGGUUGUUUUUUUUUUUCCAAAUUUGUAUUUUUUUCCCUGAGACAAUCCACGACUAUUUGGAGGUUUCAUUUAAAAAUGUUGAUCCGUUUGUAUAAAUGCACACGGACUGCCUCCCACUCGCACGUGUAAAUAAAUACACAUCCAAACAUA